GUGUCCUUACAACAAUUUUGUAGACAUAUGAUGUUUACAAAUUUUUGUUGUUAAAAUAUAAAAAAAAACCACAUACCAAUAAAAAUUCCAAACAUUUUAAGAAAAACAAACAAACCAAAAAAAAAUAUAUAUUUGAUACUUUACAUUAGUUUUGGAUGAUACCACACAUUUAGGUAUGGAUUCGAUACCAAGUAGUUACAGGAUCAUACAUUGGAUCAUACAUAUAAACAUAAUAUACAUUUUAAAAAAACGAAAGAUUUUGUGAUGCCAAAAAAUCUGGACGUAAUCAAAGUAGGACUGGAUACGUGCCUGUACUUGAUAUCAUUACAGUGGAUGUCGGGUAUUGAUCCACCAAUGGCGUUUGUUUACAUUGUGACGCUGGUGAGCUAUUGUAUCCUCCUACGGUGUGUAGUGAAGCAUGUUUAGCUAUUCCUCAUCCUGCAGUGAUAAUGCUACUUGUAGGAAACUUACUUUAUUUAUAUAUGGGGCAGCACGGUAGCAUAGGGGUUAGUGCAUCUGCCUCACAAUACGAAAGUCCUGAGUAGUCCUGAGUUCAAUCCCGGGCUCGGGAUCUUUCUGUGUGGAGUUAGCAUGUUCUCCCCGUGACUGCGGGAGUAGUCACUUGUCCACGGUGUACAUUGCCUUCCGCUCGAAUGCAGCUGAGAUAGGCUCCAGCGACCCCCCGCGACCCCAAAAGGGACAAGCGGUAGAAAAUGGAUGGAUGGGUGGAUAUUUUAUAUGUAUCUGAGAUAGGCUCCAGCACCCCCUGCGACCCCGAAAGGGACAAGCGCUAGAAAAUGGAUGGAUAUAUAAACAUAUAUAUUGUAUAUAUAAUUAUAUCGUCAAAAUCGCGAUUCAGUCAGAAAUCAAUUUUAUUUUACAUCAUUUCUUUGAUCAGUGUGAUAUCAGCAAAAAAAAACGUGUCGUUUUUUCCCCCGGUCUUCCUCUGAUUGUGGCUCCCACACCUGUCACUGGUUGGCGACCUGGACACACCUGUCACUGAUUGGCCACCUGGACACACCUGUCACUGGUUGCCAAUCAGGCUCCAAUGCAAGCCAGCCCUGCAGUUGUACAUGUCUGGAUCAUUUAAUCCUGGUGCCUGUUCCUAGUCAGUGUUGAUCUUCUGUGUUUAUGUGCUGAGGAGUUCUGUGUCUUGUGCACUCCUUGGCUGCACUUGCCUUCUUCUGUUUGCACCCUCUCUUCGCGCCGCACUUAUCCGCCUCCCCCGCCGCCCCGGCAGGUUGCCAUGGUCGCCAUACCGACGCUCUCUCUCCUAUUGGUCCUGGCAGAGUGGCGAGGCCCGGCGGACGCCUCCCCCAACCUGCUGCUGCGGCCCAGCCCGCGGGAGCGCGAUGCGGGGGCAAUGAUGAACUUCAACAUCGCCGUCAUCCACGCCGGCGCAGCGGUGCAGGCAGAGGCGGCGGCGGCCGGGCCGGGGGGUCGGGCGCUCUACCCGGGCUUCGGCCGGGUGUACGGCUCCCUGGGGGAGAGCGUGGUCACCCAGUGGGGCUCCGCGAACGUCAUCUGGCUACAGGUGAACGACAGCAGCCCUAAGACGGUGCUGUCCCAGCUGUGUGAGCUUCUGGCCGCGCGGCCCCUGCAGGGUCUGGUUUACGAGGAGGAGAGCCCCACCCGCACGGCCUGGGGCCCUCUGGCCCCCAUGCUGGAGUUUGUGUCGGCGCAAACGGGACUGCCCAUAGUGGCUGUAGGAGGGGGAGCGGGGCUGGGGAGGAUGCCACAGGAGUCGGGUUCCAUCUUCCUCCAGUUCAGCUCGUCCACGGCCCUGCAGCUGGAGGUCAUCUUCGAGGUGCUGGAGGAGUACGACUGGACCGCCUUCUCUGUGGUCUGCACGCGUCACCAUGGCUACCAGGACUUCCUGUCGGUGGUGGAGGGCCUGACGGACGGCUCCUUCAUCGGCUGGGAGAAGAAGAGCGUGGUGGUCCUCAACGUCACCGACGACCCCGGGGGGGCGCGCACCCGCAGGCUGCUGAAGGAGAACGAGGCGCAGGUCCGCCUGCUGUACUGCUCCCAGGAGGAGGCUGAGCUGGUCUUCCGGGCGGCCUGGGCGGCCGGCCAGGCGGGGGCCUCGCACAUGUGGUUCGCUGUGGGGCCGGCUCUCUCGGGCCUGAGCAUGGAGAGCCUGCCGAGAGCGCUGUUCGCCGUGCGGCCCCAGGGGUGGCGGGACGAGCCCCGCCGGAGGAUCGCCAAGGGCGUGUCGGUGCUGACUCACGGGGCGGUGGCCAUGCGCAAGGACUACGGGACCACGGGCGGGCCCAACUUUGUCACCAACUGCAUGACGGACGCCAACCAGACCCAGAGACUGCGGGGAAGGAUGAGGUACUUCAGCAACAUCACGCUCGGGGGCCGAGAUUUCUCCUUCGACAGCGACGGCUACCUGGCUAAUCCUUUCCUGGACGUCAUUUCUUGGACACCCGGGAAAGGGUGGGAAGACGUAGGCUGGUGGGAGAACGGCGUCCUGAGGCUGCGAUACCCCGCCUGGUCCCGCUACGGGUCCUUCCUGAAACCUCCGGACGACGCCCAGCAUCUGCGUGUUGUCACGCUGGAGGAAAGACCGUUCGUCAUCGUGGAGCUGGCCGACCCCGCGUCUGGGACCUGCAUCCGGGACUCGGUGCCCUGCAGGCGGCCACUCAAUGCCAGCACCAACCACGAGGGCGUGGCCCCCAUGAAGCAGUGCUGCAAGGGCUUUUGCAUCGACAUCCUCAAGAGGUUGGCCAAGAUCGUGGGCUUCACCUACGACCUCUACCUGGUGACCAACGGGAAGCACGGGAAGAAAAUCGACGGCGUUUGGAACGGCAUGAUCGGAGAGGUGGUGUACAAGCGGGCAGACAUGGCCAUUGGCUCGCUGACUAUUAAUGAGGAGAGGUCGGAGGUUGUGGAUUUCUCCGUCCCUUUCGUCGAAACGGGGAUCAGUGUCAUGGUCUCCCGUAGCAACGGAACCGUAUCACCAUCUGCUUUCCUGGAGCCCUACAGUCCAGCAGUGUGGGUGAUGAUGUUCGUCAUGUGCCUGACCGUCGUGGCUGUGACCGUCUUCAUCUUUGAGUUCUUCAGUCCUGUGGGCUACAACCGCAGUUUACAAACUGGCAAGAAGGCGGGCGGGUCAACUUUCACUAUAGGAAAGUCCGUCUGGCUCUUAUGGGCCAUCGUCUUCAACAACUCAGUGCCCGUGGAGAACCCCAGGGGAACAACGAGCAAGAUCAUGGUGCUGAUCUGGGCCUUCUUUGCCGUCAUCUUCCUGGCCUCCUACACUGCUAACCUCGCUGCCUUCAUGAUCCAGGAGGAGUACAUUGACACGGUGUCGGGGCUCUCGGACAAGAAGUUUCAGCAUCCCGAGGAGCAAUACCCACCUCUGAAGUUUGGCACGGUGCCCAACGGGAGCACGGAAAAAAACAUCCGCUCCAACUACCCAGACAUGCACCAGUACAUGGGCAAAUACAACCAGAGAGGUGUGGAGGACGCCAUUCUCAACCUCAAGACCGGGAAACUGGACGCUUUUAUUUACGACGCUGCGGUAUUGAACUACAUGGCCAGGAAGGACGAAGGUUGUAAGGUGAUGACCAUAGGCUCGGGGAAGGUUUUUGCCACCACAGGCUACGGUAUCGCCCUGCACAAAAACUCACGCUGGAAACGUCCUCUUGACCUGGCCCUUCUGCAGCUGGUGGGAGACGAUGAAAUAGAAAUGCUGGAGCGCCUUUGGCUGUCAGGUAUCUGCCACAAUGACAAAAUUGAGGUGAUGAGCAGUAAGCUAGAUAUUGACAACAUGGCUGGGGUCUUCUACAUGCUUCUGGUGGCUAUGGGCCUCAGCCUACUGGUGUUUGCCUGGGAACACUUGGUUUACUGGAAGUUGCGUCAUUGCAUGGCCACCAGCUCAGGCAAACUGGACUUCCUCUUGGCCAUCAGCAGGGGCAUGUAUAGCUGCUGUAGCUUUGAAGACGAAACAGCGCCAGCGGGCGGCGCUAAAUCUUUGGCCUCUCAUCACCACACGGCUAUGGUUCCAGUCCCGUCUCAGCCACACGUUAUCUCCACGUUGAUGACGAGCCCGGCUAUUGCCAUAGCGCAGCAUCAGCAACCUCAACCGCAACAGCAGCCUGUCUACAAGACACCUCUACCCGGCUCGCCUCCCACCGUCGUGCAUUCCGGAACAGCAGUGGGUCCCUCCAGCACCCCCAUUGCUGGCGCACCCCUUCCUUGCUCCACCUUCUUGCCCAGGCCAGAUCGUAGAUUGGCUGUGGUGGAUCGCUGGAGACUGCCCAAAUCUACAACAGCCGGCAACUCUAGGGCUGUAAGGGGGGGCAUUCCUGACAUGGGACUCUUUGCUCCAAAAGUCCCACCAAACUGGGCUUCAUCUACUGGAGGAGGUGGGGGACUUGAUGGUUAUAAGCGGUAUUAUGGUCCCAUUGACCCUGAGGGACUAGGGCCCUGCAUGGAGCAGCAGGCAGGGUCCCAGACCCCCAAGACUAUGCCAAGGGGCCACCCCCAGCCCCCUCCAGCCAGUGUGGCCUUCUACUCAGAGAAGGGCAUGGACCACGGGGUGGGGAAGAGGGUGGUGGGAGGUGGCAGCGGAGGUCAGGGAAAAGGGGCUGUUAAAACUCUUGGAACUCCAAGACUGCCUUCGAAGAGUCAAGCUCCUCUGCCUCCAACACCCCCACUGCCACACCCCUCUCCCCCUCUCCCCUCGUCCUUUUGGAGGAGGCGUCGACCCAAAAAGCCCAAGGAACCUGGAGGGCCACUAUAUGAGAACAUUUUACCCCUGGGGCGGAGGGGAGAGGCACGAGAUGGAGUGAGGGAGGGAGGAGGAAGGAGGGCACGCCCCCUUUCUCCCCCACUCUCACUUCCUGUGCCAGUACCCCUCAGCCCCUCCUAUACACCACCCUCACCUUCGGCGUCCCUGCACUAUACUUCCUCAUCAUCAUGUUCGUCGACGACAUCGUCCACAUCCACGUCCUCAUCUGCCUCGUCUUCUCGCUCCACCUCCCCGACAUACUCUUACAGCUCCUCCAGGAGCACACGGGAUAGGAUCGGAGGACUUGAUGAAGAGGAAGAUGACGAUGAAGAGGAGCUUACAGAGGAGUCAAGCCUUCUCCUGGGAAGGGGUCGAGAGAGGGAGCGCUCAAUCCUUCGGCCUUGUUCCUUGAGUCAAGGCCGCUUCCCGCCACCCAUACCCCCAAGAAAACCGCGCACUUCCUGGGGUGAACGAGAACGGGAAAGGGAGAGGGGGGGCAGCCAAUUGUCUCAACUUCAAGAGUGGUGGGCGAGCUGGAACGAAAGGGAGAGGAGUGGCACGGGGGGAGACGCUGAGAGGCAAAAACGUGAGAAAAAGAGGAGGAAAGAGAAAGAGAAAGAAAAGAAGAAAAAGAAAAAGAACAAAAAGAGAAAGAAGCGGGAAGAAAGGGAACGGGAGCGUGAGAGAGAGAGAAAAAGACGGAAAGUGAAAAAAAAGAAGAAAAAGGCCUUAAAGUCGAAAAAAAGGAAGAAAUCCAUCGGCGGUAAAAGAUCCGAGCCAGAGGAUGGAGAUAUUGAGCCUGAGAGAGAAGGUGAGGCGGAGGGAGAGAGAGAAGAAGGAAUGCAAGACUACUCCCCCUUUUCUGCUCAGUACCGUGGUACGUUUGCAGAGAAGCGGCGGGAUUCGUGGGAAGGAGAGCGGGAGAGAGUGAGGAGAGAUGGAGGAGAGGAAGGCAAUGACAGGGAAGAGGAGGACAGCGGGCGAAGUAGAGAACGCCAUCCCAAAUCUUCACACUCUCAUUCUAGACACCGUACCCCUAGUAAAAGCUCCAACUUAAACAAACUCCCCGCGUCGGUCAAAUUUUGGGUAAACGGAAGGGGGGACGCCUCGAACACGCCCCCUACCUCCCUGCAGCCCUUCUUCCCAUCCGGCAAACGGCGAAGGAGCGCAGGAUUGGAUCGAGACGACAGUGGUCGGCUCGGCGAGAGGCGCCCUUUGCUGAUGCCUUAUGAGAAAGAGAAAGCACAGACCAGGGAGGGGCUUUCCUUCCACGAGUGGGAUUCAGAGGAUGAUGACGAUGAUGAAGAGGAGGAAGAGGAUGAGAGAGAACGAGUUAGGGUGAGGGAGAGAGGAAGGAGAUCUGGUCGAGGGGCAGUGUCUGAAACAGAAAGAGACAGGGUAGAAAGACGGGCAGAGGACAGUUACUCAGAUGAGGGCUCAUCGGGGGAGUUUGGUCGUUUUGAAAGAUACUGGGAGGGAGGUGGAGGAAGCACUUCCGGAGUCGGAGGUAUAGGCGGAGGAGGUUGGUUCUUUGGUACCUACCCUUCCAGGGAAAGAGGAGGGAGCGUCAAUAGUCGUGACGACUCCUUUCUUGGAACGAGGGCAGAGGGAUGGAUUGGUGCUGAUUUCUGGAGUUCAGGGACAGGCUUAGGUUGGGGUUCAGCGGGAGGGAGUGGGGGACUCAGCUCACAGUGGCCACCGCCCCCCACAGCAUUCCCUCCGCCAAGGAGAUAUUGGUCUAUGGACAAGAUCCCUAUUAAGGGGGAGAAAAAAUGGAAGGGAGGGAAAAGUAAGAGGCAAGGUAGGGACAGAGGGGUGGAAGCUCGCCGGGCCACAAUGUGUUCCUGUAGCCUUUACCCCCACCCCCAUCCUUACCCUCAUCCCCAAAGCCGCUCACACACCACACAGUCCAAGAGACGGCCCACCUCACUUUCACAUAGCCAGGAAGAGCUUCUCCCCCACUGCCACAGCUUCAGCGGGGGCUCUCGUUCCAAACCUCUUCCUCCCAAGUCAGAUACUAGUCAGGCGAAAUCAGGCAGCCAAUCUAACCUCAGCACACAGCCCACUGAGCUAGCACCUCAACCCCCGCCAUCGCCACCUCAGCCUCCGUCUCUGUCUCCCACUACCCUCCCCAUGCCUAUCCCGCCUCCGCCCUCGUCAUCUUCGGUCUCACCUCCAGCCGGGGUGGGGAUGGUUGGCCAGGGCCAGAUUCAGGCUUCAGCCAGUGCCAAACUACAGUACCAGAGACUACGCUCUGUACCACAGCCACGAAGGUUCUACUCACCUCAUCUGCCACUCAAAGCCAAGAGUCUGUGCUCACGUCGGGGAUCAGCCCAUUUUUCCAGCCUGGAGAGCGAGGUAUGACAGGGGGAGAGGAGAGGGGGAGACGUAGGAGCAAACACCUCUGUAAUUGAGCACGAUGGCGACAUGGCAGCUGGAGCCAGAGACAAGGCUGCCUUGGUAGCCAUCAGUACUCAAUUAGCAGCCAUCACAGCAGGAAGUCGCCUGGACAGUGCUGAUGCCAGCAUUGCUCUGCAUGAGAGCAACACUGCAGACGCCCGCUCCCUAGUACACGUUCUAGUGAGGGCAACCGUAAGACGCCACACCAGGGUAAGCUACACCCCUUUGGAUGAGUCCCACAUCGGCGAGGCCGCAUCACAGGGAACAACUGCUCCGGAGCUUCUCCUGCGCUCUGAAUUGAGCUUCGUGAUGUCAUCCUCGGUCCUCCUGCCCUCACCAGGUCCAAACUGUGGAUGAGAGUAGUGAGUAAUGAUGUCAUAUUUGUACACACGAGCGCACACUCGCAAAUGCUCAAAACGUCUCCCUCCCUCUGGCUUUGACAACAACUCAGUGGCUCCAGGAGGGACACUCGCCUUUCUAACGAGAACAGUGGAAUGCUUCUUGGAGGCGAACGGGCGGCGGACCCUCUUCUUUGCUUUUGUAAAUCAGUUGAUACGAAAAAGCAUCGGGGUCACCUCUCACGCACUGUGCCCGCCUGAUCGCCUUUCACCGGUCAGUCAGGACACUGACAACAUCAGACCCAUCUAGUUCUGCCCCCACUCGAUGUGAUGUCACCUUUUAAUCAAAGAACAGUCAGACUGAACAGGAUUCACUUCUUCUUGGGGCUUGCUGGUCCAACCAGGACCGUAUGAUAGUAUUUGAACAAAAAAAUAUAUAUAUUAAAAAGGGAAAUACAUGAAGAGAAAAAAACAAAAAUACCAAGCAUUUAUAAUUUUUCUCUGUUCGUUUUUUAAGAUCGAGGAGGCUGGAUGUGGCUCGUGUUGGAAGUGGGAAUGACUUGUGCCAAAUAUCCCCACUAAAGUUUUUUUUCUAAAAAGAUUACUUUAACACAUCAUUUAUUUUCACAAUGUUUUUGUUUUUUUUCCGGAACUCACCGUCCUACAAUUGGAUCAAGGGGGAUGAUUGGUGCAGUAUUUGUAAUUAUCGCUAGGUGGCGGCCGAAUAUCUAAGUACGCAUUGGAGCCGAGUGCGUGUUUAAUACUUGCUCGGGGUGUGCAGCUGCUUAUGGUUUUCACAUAAAUGGGAAAGUGCAAUGCAUCCAAAAACCUUGACCGUGAUUCCGACACGAACACUCGCCGGGUUCUGGAGCCUUUUGGAGUACACGAAGCACAAUUCUCUGUGUGCAACAGUCAUUGGUGCACAACCCCCAGAUCACGUUUUUGAUUGUAACAAAGUAGGGCUUCUGUCGAAGGGUUCUCUCGCCACUCGGCUUUAGUCGGGCGACUCCAACCGGAGAAGAAACUGUGAAGGGUGGCCGAGGCGCCACUGAAUACGGUCAGUAACAACCGUCUGACUCAGCAAUAUUCCCACCUUCAAUGUGACAGGGACGCUGCGGAAACAUGUUUGUUUGUGUUUAGCGCUUUUUCUCCGCCUGGCUUCAGUCCGGUUUUGGUUGAAUGACCUUGUUUUUUUGGGUUUUUUUACCCUUUCGAGCCAUCCACUGUGUGAAACGCCAGCCGUCCAAUCCCGUCUCCGUCAGGCGUUGGCCUAAUCCCUCACACUAAGACCAGCCACAGACCAGCUCUUCUCCUACUGUAGUCGAAUGUAGCUUUGUCUCGAUGUAGCAUUCACUUUUAGACUUUGUAGCUUUUUCUCCGGGCGCUGCAAGUCCCCUGAACGUUGACUUGCCGCGUGAGGGGAGUGGGGCCUGUGCGUUAUAUUUGUGCAUGUUGUCACAGAUCGAAGGCUUAGUCGACCUUGUCAUUUUCCCCCUUCGCCUUUCACUGAGGGCAAGCGCUAUUUUUAUCUGCACAUGGAUUGCUUCUUUUCUAUAUCUACGUGGGGCAGUUUGUACAAAAAAAAAUCCCCCAAAAAAGCCCAACUAUCUGUCCUGGUAUUAAUUAAGAGAGCUCCCUUUUACCGUUGCCCACCCUUUAAAGAGCCCCAGAAUCAGUGCAUGUCGAACCCAAUUCGAAUCUCAAAGGACCGUUUCGAAGAGGUCUGCUUUUACCCUUCAUCCCCAACCCCCGGUUACCGCGGCAACGGUUUGGCCGCGCAGCCGUCGUUUGUUCAAACAACCAACAGGGCUUAAAGCGGCCGCGACACUGAGCGCUAUCGAUUUCAACGAGGCGCUAAUUCUUAAGUCUGUGACUGCAUGAACAGGAGUGUCUCUUUUCAAUAUUUUUGCUCCCUUUUUCUAUUGUUUUCCUUUACGUGGAGGAAGAGUGGCGGGGAAAGAAGAUAUUCAAAUAUGCUAUGUUUUAUGAGAAUGUACCAUGUUAUACUGUGAUUUAACAGAUAUUUUACUGUAUUCAUUUGAAUUCUAUCAUUUAUCAAGAAAUAUAUAUGUACAAAUAAAUAUAUACAUAUAUAUAUAUAUACAUACAGGUAUAUAUAUUAGUUAAGUUUGGUAUAUUUGGACGAAGUGUUAGAUGAAAUAGUUUUCAAUGUUUUAGCUUUGUAGCCAACCUAGAAACUGAAAUCAUUUUGGACUUUUUGAUUCCUCCUAUAUGACUGUGAAGACAUUAGUGCCUGUGACAAAAAAGACAAGUAAAAGUCUAAACUCGCUCUCCAUCUGUAUCUACUGCAGCUACCCGGUCCGUCACUCCUCCCGUACUACCUACGAUUGCUUUCUUCACACAGUCCUUUCCUCCCCCGCAUCACUCUGUUUGUCCCUUGGCACGUUCUACGGUCUCGUUUUGCUAGCUCCAGUUUUUUUUUUUCUAGCAGGCCGUCGCUCGUUUUUUUUUGGCGGAGAGCGAGCGCUUUGUCUCCCCGUCGAAUCACACCAUCGAGCGACUACGUUUCUGAUCACCAUGUCUCACUUAGCAAAAACAGAGACCAGUAGAUACUGUGUUCGUGCUCCUUUUGGCUGAUUGUUGGUGACGAUCACUCGGGCUGCGUUCACACUCCAAGUUCACGACUUCGGUCUGAUUUGAUCAGACGUUUUAAAAGAGAAAAUUGGUGCGCACUUUUUCUCUGAGGGUGAACCAAUUCGAUCUGAUUCCAAUUCAAUUUAGAAUCUAUUCUAAAUUCAACACGAUUGUAGAUUCAAACGGUUUCUCGUAAUGUUUUAUUUCAGGAGUGUCUCAGUCUUAUUAUCCAUCCAUCCAUCCAUCUUCUUCCGCUUAUCCGAGGUCGGGUCACGGGGGCAGCAGCCUAAGCAGGGAAGCCCAGACUUCCCUCUCCCCAGCCACUUCG